AUGCCUACCAUCAGCGUGGACAAAGUUGAGCUCUACAAGGCAUUGGGGCAGGAAUAUACCACCGAGGAAUUCGAGACAUUAUGCUUCGAUUUUGGAAUUGAGUUGGACGAGGAUACGUCAAAUACAGAACGCCCAAUCAUCAAUGGCAAGCAGGAGCCCGCACAACUCAAAAUCGAGAUCCCCGCCAACAGAUAUGACAUGCUGUGCUUUGAAGGCAUAGCUCUCAUGCUAAACAUCUUCCGGGAAAAGACGCCGCUGCCAAAUUAUAUACUGGUCACACCCGAGAGUGGGAAGUUGGAAACGAUCACAGUACAUCCUGAUACGCUGAAAGUACGGCCAUAUGUUGCUGGGGCUAUCUUGCGGAAUAUCAAGUUCACUAAAGAGAGCUAUGAAUCCUUCAUUUCAUUGCAAGAUAAAUUACAUCAAAAUCUGGCGAGAGGACGUACUUUGGUUGCUAUUGGAACACAUGAUUUGGAUACAAUCAAGGGACCGUUCACCUAUGAGGCAUUACCACCAAAGGACAUCAAGUUCAAACCCCUGAACCAGACCAAAGAGAUGACCGGAGAAGAGAUGAUGACUUUCUACGAAAAGGACAAGCACUUGGGCAAAUAUCUACACAUCAUCAAAGACAAGCCAGUAUAUCCCGUCAUUCUGGACUCCCAACGGACAGUUUGCUCAAUGCCCCCCAUCAUCAAUAGCGACCACUCCAAGAUCACCCUCAACACCCGCAAUGUCUUUAUCGAUAUCACCGCCACCGACCGCACAAAGCUCGAGAUAGUCAACAACAUAAUCGUAGCCAUGUUCUCCCAAUACUGCGACUCACCCUUCACCAUUGAGCCCGUCGAAAUAAUCUCACCCCACAACUCCUUGUCACGCACCGUCCCCGACAUUUCCCCCCGGAAAGCUUUCGCAGAAGUAGACUACAUAAACGCCUGUUGCGGCCUCACCCUCGCGCCCGAAAAGAUCUGCUCCCUCCUAACCAAAAUGUGCUACUCGGCCACCCCCUCUUCCACUGACGCAAAUCUAAUCGAGGUCCUCGUCCCCCCCACAAGAGCAGACGUGCUCCACCAAUGCGACAUCAUGGAAGACGUAGCCAUCGCCUACGGCUUCAACAACCUCCCCCGCACCGCCCCCUCAAAAGCCUCCACCAUCGCCCAACCCCUCAUGGUCAACAAGCUCGGCGACAUCGUGCGCAUGGAAGCCGCCAUGGCCGGCUGGUCCGAAGUCAUGCCCCUAAUCCUCUGCUCCCAUGACGAGAACUUCGCCUGGCUGAACCGCAAAGACGACGGCAGCACCGCCGUGCGCCUCGCGAAUCCCAAAACCGCCGAAUACCAAAUCGUGCGCACGAGCCUACUGCCCGGUCUCCUCAAGACUAUCCGCGAGAAUAAGAAACACAGCGUCCCCAUAAAAGUCUUCGAGGUCUCCGACGUAGCCUUCAAAGACCUCUCCCUAGAACGCAAGUCGAGAAACGAGCGCCAUUUUGCCGCAGCUUUCUACUCCAAAACCUCAGGCUUCGAAAUCGUGCACGGACUGCUCGAUCGCGUGCUCCUGAUGUUGAAGACGGCCUUCUUGACGCACGAGGAGGGUUUGAACUCGAAGGGCGCCGACAAGCUUGACUUCGAGGUGAGGCAGGAUCACGAGAAGGGCGAUGGGUAUUGGAUUGAAGAGAUUGAUGAAGAGACCUUCUUCCCGGGACACGCGGCUGCUAUCUGGCUUAGACUGGGCGGCAAGGCGGUCCGUAUUGGGGAGUUUGGCAUUUUGCAUCCCAGUGUGUUGGAGAAGUUUGAGCUGAGGUUUGUUCCAUCUCCUAUUUCCCCAAGUAUCCUUUGCCUCCCGUCAAAUGCCUUAUUCUAA